GUGCACACCCUCACUCGACCAUGUCUUCAGCAAGUCUAAGCUGGAAAUUUACUCAGAGCGUCGCGAACCCUGAGCAAUAACCUCGACUCACACUUGAUCCCUGUUAUGACAAGGAUGUACCUUUCGGCCCCCCAGGGUCCCUGCAGGCUCGGGCCCGGCACAUCAGGAUCGCAAGAAACCGCUCUUUGCGGGGUUAGCUUCCAGGCCGCCGUCCUGAGCACCUUCAAUAACUCGACCCGAUCAAAGACACUUACCCAAGCGUGAACGGAUAUAGCAAGAAGAGCACAUACCGUCACGUUGACGCAUUUCAGACUGCGGGUUGCAACCGAAGAUGCGUUUGUGCACGACUCUCCUAGGCUGGUUCAGCCUUGUGAUGGCGGUUGCGCUCGCGAACAAGCAAGAAUUCAUCGGCGGAGACGACGUCAGCAGUUACAACCUCACUCUCCAUUUCGAUGACCUCUCCACCGACGAAUCGGGCAUCGGCUACAACCCCAAGACAAACAGCACGCCCCUGCACUGCGGCGACCUGUAUUUCCAGUCUUUCACCGUCGUCAAUGUUGCCAAGGCACAAAAGCACUUGCCCGACCCAGUCGACCUUCUGUGCGCCGACUCCGCUCCCAACGCGCUGUUCUCGCGCCGCCGUGCCGGACAUCCCUGGCCCCGCUUUAGCUUGCAUUCUCUGACAGAUCCCUCGCUGCCCCGAGAUCCCAACGUGAUGUUCAACAUGCGCAGCGUGAGUAUCUCGCCGACGGGAAGUAUCCCCCAGGAUGCCCUGGUCAUUAUAUGGCUGAAUUUUCUGAAAUUGCCACCUGACGAAUGGCUCGGCCAAGGGGAGGAACAUCGCUCAUUCCGGGACUUGUUGGAGGGCGAACCGCCUUGGCCAAAGGGGCGUCUCUACCAAUUGAUCGCCUUUUUCGGCCCGGGACCGCAUCCCAACCUCCGGAUCGACUGGGACAGCCUCCGCAUGCGGCUACCGGACAUCGCAACCAAGGUCGACACGUUCGAAGUCUACGGCCAGCUCUUGCAAAGGGCCGGGCCGAAUGAGCCGUAUCUCGUACAGGGAGACUGGGAGCUGUGCUUGGACGAUGUCGCGGUCGAGAUCGUGAGGAAGACGGGCCGCGACGAGCACCAAGACUCCCAAGAGACGCGGAAUCCUCGGAGGGUCUUUGUAUUUGCGGAUGAGGAUGGAAGUGCCAUUGACGUUCAGAAGCGGGCCGAAAAGCUGAUCAGGGAGUUAGGGCUCUAGCUGCGCACCCACUACUCAAAGAUCGCACAGAAAGGGGGAAAGGCUGAGUGUGAUGCUCCGUGCUGAGAAUGGUAGUCGUCCAUGUUUUGGCUUGCCGAGUGACCGACUACCUAGGAGGUCGUUGAUGGCAGCAAGACAGACUGAGAGUACCUACCUACCUUACUAGCUACAUACGCAAGCCGGGGAGAAUCCAGAUUGCAAGUAUCCAGAUGUAAGGAAUAGUGCCUCAAUUGCCUUGCCUUGAGCUAAAACUACCGAAUAACAUGCCAGUUGUCGCC